GCUUAUCUAGCGGACACACUUGUAAGUCUGUGCACAAUUUUUCUCUUGAUUAAACUGUUUAUCAGGAGCAAGAAUCUUCGACACCACAACCAAAACAAAGGCAUAAGGAGAAGCAUGGAGAGACCAGAUUAUUUUUCUCGUGACUCCAGCAAUCUACUGUCUGAGGAGCAGCUUCUUUGUUCAAUCUGUCUGGAUGUGUUCACUGACCCAGUAACCACUCCAUGUGGACACAACUUCUGCAAAAGCUGCCUUACACUGUGCUGGGAGAAGACUUAUAACUGUCCAAUAUGUAAAGAGAAAUUCACAAAGAGACCUGAACUGAAGAUUAAUACAACACUGAGAGAGGUUGCAGAUCAUUUCAAGAAAAAAAAUGGUCAUGACAAAUCAGCGGUUCUUUGUGAUGCGUGCAGCGAAGAGAAGCAAAAGGCACUGAAAUCCUGUCUGGAUUGUUGUGCAACAUUGUGUAAAACUCAUCUAGAGCCUCACAAUAAUAUUCCAACGUUUAAGAAACACAAACUAAUAAAUCCUGUGGAGAACCUGAAUGACUACAUAUGCCAGAAACACAAAAGACCUUUGGAGGUGUUCUGUAAAGAUGAUCAGACAUGUGUGUGUCUAUUCUGCACUGAGACAGACCACAAGAAUCACAACACUGUUCCUAUAGAGAAGGAGAGUGGAGAGAGGAAGAUUCAGCUGGGGCAAACACAGACAGAUGUGCAGCGAAUGAUUCAGGACCGACUGAAGAAGAUUCAAGAGAUCAGACACUCAGUAGACCUUGGCAAAAGAAGCACAGAGAAGGAGAAAGCAGACAGUGCUGAACUUUUCACUGCUUUGAUUCAAUCUAUUGAGAGAAGUCAGGCUAAGCUGCUCAAGGUGAUGGAGGAGAAGCAGAAAACAGAAGAGAUGCAUGCUGAAGAACUGAUUAAUCAGCUGGAGAAGGAAAUCACUGUGCUACAGACAAGAGACACUGAGCUGGAGAAGCUCUCACACACUGAGGAGCAUCUCCACCUCCUACAGAUUUACUCCUCCGUGUGCCGCCCUCCACAAACCAAGAACUGGACUGAGAUCAGUAUUACCACUGAUUUGAGUGGGGACACUGUGAGGACAGCUCUGUCUCAGCUUCAGCAGACUCUGAAUAAGAAACUUACUGAUGCACUUGAUGGCAAGUCAAAGGAAGCAAUUUUGACAGAACUGAAGAGGAUUCAGCAGUAUGCAGUCGCUGUGACUCUGGAUCCUGAUACAGCAAAUCCUUAUCUCAUCCUGUCUCAUAAUUUAAAGCAAGUGACAGAUGGAGACAAACGGCAGGAUCUCCCAGAUACGCCAGAAAGGUUUAAUAAAUGUGUCAAUGUUCUGGGAAAGCAAAGUUUCUCCUCAGGGAAAUUUUAUUAUGAGGUAGAGGUCAGAGGGAAAACUAAGUGGGAUAUCGGAGUGGCCAAAGAGUCCUUUAAUAGAAAAGGGCCAAUUACACUGACUCCUCAGAAUGGACUGUGGACUUUGGUGCUAAGGAAUGAGAAUGAGUAUAAGGCUUGUGCUGAUCCUGAUGUCCUUCUCACACUGAAAGAGAAGGUGGAGAAAGUGGGGGUGUUUGUGGAUUAUGAGGAGGGUCUGGUCUCCUUUUAUGAUGUAAAGGCCAGAUCACAUAUCUACUCUUUCACUGCUCAGUCUUUCACAGAGACACUUUAUCCGUUCUUUUGUCCUGGCUUCAAUGAAGGAGGAACAAACUCAGCACCACUGAUCAUUACUGAUGUAACUGGGACUGAAUAAAUGAAAUGAAAUGAAAACCACCCAUAUCCACGUUUUUUAAAACGCAUUAAUAAAACAAAUAAUAAUACUACUAUACAAAAUGUAUUCAUUUAUUGCUUUACUGCUAUUGAGAGAUAUUAUUUGAGAUAUAAAAAUUAUCAAUGUAUCAGAGAUUAUCAUUCUUUAUUAAAUGCAUGUGCAGUAAAUAAUCCUACCUAACUAAAAAAAAAAUAUUUUUAACAGCAGAUGAUUCUGGUGGUUAUUUUUUAGUGAUUACAUAAUAUUGCAUAAACUUUUGCUGUAAUAGUCAGACGUGAAAUGUGAAAUCUGUACUGUAAUUAUGCAUAUCCAAUAAAUUAAAAUACUAAUACAUGUAUAACAA